AUGACCGUUCAGGGUUUGAAAGGGAAGCGUUUUGUUACACGAAGAUCAAGAAACAGUCUUAAAAACCAUAGGAGAGGCCGUGUGAAUUGUUCAAGUCUUACAUCGCUUUCUUCAUCGGAAGCUUUUGAUGACACCGUGAAAUCCCAUUUGACGAAGAAGCCUUAUGAUAUCUUUCUCAGAGCAAAAGAUGAGAGAUGUUCCAGUGAUGAGCCCAAAGGCUUUAUUCCUCACUGGCCGAAAUUUGAAAAAAGCGUAUCAAUUAAUGAACAGGUAAACCCCAAUUCAUCAGCGGAACAAUCCUUUUUUAGAAACGCAGAAGAAAACUCUGUUAGGGUUUUGGAAGAAUCGUUGAAAGAAGAGCGAGAUGCUCGAGCAGCGGUUUGUGUUGAGCUGGACAAAGAGAGAAGCGCUGCAGCAUCAGCAGCGGAUGAAGCGAUGGCGAUGAUACAUAGGCUGCAAGAUGAGAAGGCGACUGUAGAAAUGGAAGCGAGGCAAUUCCAGAGAAUGGUUGAAGAAAAGUCUACUUUCGACGCUGAAGAGAUGGUCAUACUCAAAGACAUUUUGAUACGGCGUGAGAGGGAAAAACAUUUCUUGGAGAAAGAAGUUGAAGCUUAUAGACAGCUACUCGAUGAGACAGACGCGUUAGAUUGUUCUUUGGCAAGAGAGAAGAAUCUCCCAGAGAGUACCGUAAAGACUGUGAUGAAACCGGAAGAUAAACUAAAUCAAGACUCUCAAGAGAGAAGAGCUUUGCUCGUUCAAGAACUCGAUGGAACGGUUCUUGAAAUGCCUUAUAGAGAAGUAGAAAACAGAGAUAAAAACAGAGAUCUGUAUAAAUCAGAUUCAGAGGUAGCGUACUCACGUGUGCGUGAUGUUCAUAUGGUGAAGGAUGAAACAGAGAACAUUAGUAAGAAGAAGAAGAAUCUAGAAGAAUCCUCUGUUAGCAAACCUAAAGAACCGUUGGAGGAAAACAGUAGUAUCAUUGUCUCGGGGAUAGCUAGAAAGCUUCCUCCAUUAUGUCGUCCACGCAAGAAAUCGCUGAGCUCUUCGGGUUCAAGGAGAAAAUCAAUGUCUGCGGUUGAUUAUGAGAGGUUAAAGAUUGAGAAUGAAGUUGAACUGUUGAGAGAAAGGUUAAAGGCUGUUCAAGAGGAAAGAGAGGAGCUUACUAGACGAGCAUCUUUGCCUCCUUUAUCAUCAAAGGUAAGGGUUACGUCAGAGAAGCGAGGUUGGAGAAGAUCUUCGAUGGACCUUCACUCUUCUUGA